CUCGAACUCAUACAUCAUGGCAGCCCAGGUAGCAAGUGGAAGUGGCGGGGGCGGCUCAAAUGCCGCCUUCAGAGAUAAGGAAAAGCCGCGGGCAGUGAGGAUAGCUAAUAUUGUCGCUGCAAGAGCUGUGGCUGAUGCCAUCCGAACCUCUUUGGGACCUAAGGGAAUGGACAAGAUGAUCCAAACUGGCAAAGGAGAGACUCUCAUUACCAACGACGGAGCCACUAUGCUGAACCAAAUGAGCGUAAUGCACCCCUCCGCGAAGAUGCUCGUUGACCUUGCCCAUGCGCAAGAUAUCGAAGCAGGAGAUGGCACAACUUCAGUCGUUGUGAUAGCAGGCAGUCUCCUCGGAGCUGCUGAGCGGUUGUUGGCCAAAGGAAUCCACCCCACUGUCAUCUCGGAGUCUUUCCAGCGAGCGGCGGCCAAGGCUAUCGAAAUCCUCACCGACAUGUCAAUCCCCAUCUCUCUCACGGACACGCCUACACUUUUGAAGACAGCCGUGACUUCUCUGUCAUCGAAGAUUGUAGCCCAGGAACCGAAGCUCCCCGCCAUGGCCGUAGACUCGGUGCUCAAGGUCAUCGACCCCAAAACAGCAGAUAACGUCGACUUGAAGAAUAUAAGGAUGAUCAAGAAGUUGGGAGGAACCAUCGAAGACAGCGAGAUGAUUGACGGUCUUGUGCUCAACCAGCCCGUUGUCAAGAGUGCCGGCGGCCCCACAACUAAGGAGAAGGCGAGAAUAGGAUUGAUCCAGUUCCAGCUGAGCCCUCCCAAACCGGACAUGGAGAAUCAGAUCAUGGUCAAUGAUUACAGGCAAAUGGACAAGAUCCUCAAGGAGGAGCGUACGUAUCUCUUGACCAUGGUCAAGAAGAUCCAGAAGGCGAAGUGCAAUGUCCUUUUCAUCCAGAAGUCUAUUCUCCGAGACGCCGUCAAUGACCUCAGUUUGCACUUCCUCUCCAAGCUCAAGAUCCUCGUCGUCAAGGACAUUGAGCGGGACGAGAUUGAAUUCAUUUGCAAGAGCACUGGAUGCAAACCCAUUGCCGACAUUGAUUCAUUCACCGAGGACAAGCUCGGCACCGCAGACCUAGUUGAAGAGGUGCAAUCGUCGGGCGCCCGCUACGUCAAGGUCUCUGGCGUCAAGGCUGCCGCCUCGACUGUCUCCAUCGUCUGCCGCGGAGCCAACUCGCUCAUCCUCGACGAGACGGAGCGCUCCCUGCACGACGCACACUGCGCCAUCCGCUCGCUCGUCAAGAAGAAGGCUCUCCUCGCCGGAGGAGGCGCCCCUGAAAUCGAGAUCUCACACCAGCUGGCUACGCUGUCCCGCGAGCUGACGGGCACCGAGGCCAUCUGCUGGAAGGCAUUCGCGGAUGCCCUCGAGGUGAUUCCCACAACGCUGGCAGAGAACGCGGGUCUCAACAGCAUCAAGGUGGUGACAGACCUGCGACAUCGACACGCCCAGGGCCAGAGGAACGCGGGCAUCAGCAUCAAGAGCGGUGGUGUGAAGAACGACAUCUCCGAGGAGAAGGUGCUCCAGCCUCUGCUUGUCAGCACGAGCGCGAUCGAGCUCGCGGCGGAGACGGUCAAGAUGAUUCUGAGAAUCGACGACAUUGCUUUGUCGCGGUAAAAGAGGCGUGCCACCUAGUCAUUCAUUUCAAGGUGGGCCAUGUUUCCUCAAAAAGUGUUCAAGAAAGACUACCCCCAAUGUAUUUUUGCAAUCGUCGUAGAUACCGGGCAGAAAGCAAGCAGUAGAUGGAAACUUUGAAUGCAUGACGAAAGACUAAGCAACCGA